CAGUCCUUAUUGACUUGGCACAGAAGUUGUCAAAAGACAAGAAGGUGUUAAAUGGGUUAUCCAUGGAUCGCACUUCAGCCUCCUAUAAGAUGACAUAUGGGCUGAAAAGAACCUUUCACACUCAGACAUUGCAGAGUAUUCGUGAGCAAGAAUUCUCAUUGAACAUUGACGAGGCAACAAGCAACAACAACAAGAAAGUUCUCUCAGUACUUGUAAGUUACUUUUCUAAGACUGAAGGUCGGGUUGUUGUUGAGCACCUGGCUGCAUUAGAACUUGAAAAUUGCAAAACCAGCACAAUCUUUGAAGCGCUGUGCGAUCUUUUUGAACUUAAUCAAAUACCAUGGACUAACUUGGUGUCAAUCCUCAUGGACUCAUGUGCAGUAAUGCGAGGAAGCAAAAAUGGACUCGAGCGUCGCAUAAGGGAGGAAAAGGCUCCAAACCUUCUGGAUAUUGAUGGGGAUGUUUGUCACCAUAUUCACAAUGGGACUAAAAAAUUCUGCGCACCAUUUGAUUCCUGGGUUGAGGAUUUGUUCUCAGCAUUAUGCACAGACCACAAGUACUGUGUAGACCUACGUGACAGCCUAGCAGAAGUCUGCAACCUUCUUGGCAUAAAAUUUACAGCUCCAGAACGUUUCUUAAGUCAUCGUUGGCUUUCAGCCUAUGAUUUGGCUGUGAGCACAUUGCGGAUGUGGAGUGCCUAUCAGGUAUUUUACUAUGCCUUUAUCGACAAGGCGUUCAAAGCAGACUACUGGCCAGUAGUGAAGGCCAUCCUUGUUGCCUGCAAAGUUAGCCAACCAGCAAAAGAGCAGAUAAAAGCCAUUAUUGCAGAAGUUGGUGCUAAAAAAAUGACCGCUGAUGGGCAGAAGAGGAAAAAGGAGAUUGUUGAAAAGGUGAUGUUCCAGGAGAGGAAGACCCUUCUGAUCCUGUACUUCUAUGCAUCUGUACUGCCCCUCAUGAAGCGAUAUGUUGUGCUGUUCCAAUCCAAGGAGCCACUGGUUCAUCGCCUGAAUGACGAACAAGUUGAUGUGUUCAGAGAGUUCUUGUCAUGUUUUGUAAAACAAGAACACAUUGUUAACAAGAACGGAAAACAGUUGAAAAACAUGGACUUGUCUGAAGACACUGGACUGUACUUGAGUGCAGAUGACAUGUUUGUUGGAUCAAAGGCGAAGCAAAUCAUGAAGGGAGAAACCAAAAAGGACAGCGUGUCAGAAAACUUCAAGAAGUUGGCAAUUACUUCAUACAUGGCUACUGGAGUGUACUUACAACAGAAGCUUCCAUUAGACAACCCUGUUCUGAGAAGACUGUCUGCACUAGAUCCGUUGGCACAUGGACACAGUGCAACCCUGAAGGCACUGAAACAACUGCCCUCCUUACUCCCCAACAGGCUGAACCAAGAGGAGACUGAUAGUUAUGAGGAUGAAGUGCACAGAUUUCAGGUUGACCAGCAUCUGCCAGAUCCAGAACAAAGACUGGAUGAGUGGUGGGGAAAUGUGUUUGUGGCAGGAAAGUACCCAGCUCUCAGCAAGGUUGCACUGCUUGCAUGUACUGUGUUCCAUGGGCCAAUGGUGGAGUCCUCUUUCAAUACAAUGGGGGACAUCAUAGGUGUUAAGUCAGCAAGUGUAACUGUGGAAACAUAUGCCUCAAUUCAAACAGUUAAGUACUUUCUGAAGGCAAGAAACACUACAGCUCUGUCAUAUUUUGACAGAGUAGAUGUCCUAUACAGCCCAGUCAAUCAUAUUUUGGCUGUAAACAUGAAGACAGCAAGUGCAUCAUACAGGGGUUCACUGAAAGCCAAGAGAGAAGAAACUGAUGAAAACAAUCGUUUGCUGGACAGAAAGACUCCCAAGCCUCUCAGUAAAGUCCAGACACUGCUGAAUAUGAGAUCACAGGCUCAGCAAGAAUGGCAAUCCCAUGAAGAUCAACAGAGAAAGCAGGCUCAGAAAAGACUUCUUAAAGAUCUGGCUUUUAAAAAAAGGAUCCAGUGAAUAAGUAAAGUUUGUGGAUGUUAUAUAAGUGUCUGAACAACAUUAAGUUGUAUAAAAGAGAGGCUAAAAAAGACUGCUUAAAGAUCUUGCUAUAAAAAAUACAGUGAAUAAGUCAAGUUUGUGGAUAUUAAAAAAGUGUAUGAACAACAUUUAUUUGUAUUUCAGCACAUGUUUAAAUUUAAAUUUUUAGCUAAUUAUAUUCUACAAAAAAUUGUGUAAGGUAUUUUGUAACAGAUUUUUGACAGAGAACUCAUGUUUUAGGUUGAUGCCAAGCCCAUUUAGAGCCAGGAGUUUUGAUGGUGUAUGUCUUUGAUUAAACAUGUAUUUGUGCAAACAAACAAAGGUUAAGCAUUCUAUUCAUUUUAGUAAUGUCAGUUUAAAAAAUGUUUUACAUGUUAUUAAACAUGUUCUAGUCUUAUUUAGGUCAGCAAUUGUUUAAUUUAUAUAUCUGUUGUUGUUUUUUAAUUUAUUUGUGCAAUUUAACAAAGAUUGAACAUUCUAGUCAUUUUUGUAAUGUCAUUAAAAAAAAUAUUUUCAGAUGUUAUUAACAUGUUCUAGUCUUUUAGUCAGCAAUAGUUUAAUUUAUAUAUCUGUUUGUUUAAUGUAUUUGUGCAAUAAAACACUGGUUGAACAUUUUAGUCAUGUAUGUAAUGUCAGUUUAAAAAAUAUUUCAGAUGUUAUUAAAAAUGUUUUAGUCUUUUUCUGUUAGCAAUUGUUUAAUUAAUGUAAAAUUAAUGUGCUAUCAAUAUAUCGUUAAAUGUCAAUGGAUUGGUAUGAUAAGCAGCAUGUUGUGUACCUUUGUCCAUGAAUGCCUAUUGUGAAGCACAUGUUGUGUUUGAUCUCAAAUAAUACUGUUUUCAUUGUACUUUGCAUCCUCAGUAUGUUAAAUGUGAAGUUUAAAAUGUUUUCAUAAAUAAAUCUUGUUAUAAAGUUAAAGGUGGUCAUUUACUUGUUUGUUAUAAGGUUUAUCAUUGUGUUAUUCAUGAAUUGAAAAAAAAAAGAAAAAAAAGAAGUACCUUUUCAAGCCAAAAAAGGGCUAAUUUCAGAAAAAAAAAAGUCUUAAUUUUGCUCAGGAAA